AUGGCUAUCCUCAGCUCCACAUUCACUUACCUCACAGCCCUCACCUCCCUCCUCGUCCCCCUCGCCCUCGCCGAACCCUCAACCCAGAGCCUCCCACCCCGGGAGUUCACCAGCCCUCCCGCCGAGCACGCCCUGCGGGGCGACCUCGUCUGCGAGCUCGACGACGUCGCGCCCCGCCCCCGCCACCCGGACGCAUUCCGACCGUGGACCCACGAGCCCUACUGCAUCCACCCCGUCGAGAAGACCCUGCUCGGCUUCUGCACCUUUACCAAUGCCGAUUUCAUGGGCGGCCGCGGCCUGAGCCUCGUCACCCUGCCCGACCUCGCCCAGGCCAUCAUGGAGCGGACGACGAUGGCCAUAAGCUCUUCCCCGCGCCCGGCCAUCAAGGCGGGCGAGACCAUCUUUCUCGACUACCCGGCCCUGCUCAUCUCGCGGGAUUCCGUCGAGGUGUUCGAGCCCGAGGAGAGGAUUCGCAUGAACUGGAUGGCGCUGCUGCAGCUCCCCGACGCGGGUCGCGGAGAGGUGCGGGAUAUGGCGUCGGAUGGCAAGUACAAGGAUGAGCUGGAUAACCUCGUCGCGAUGAACUCUCUUGGCGUGCAAUAUGCUGGGUUCCGGCAAUACGGAACUUUCCCCGAGGCAGCUAAAAUGAACCACGACUGCAUUCCCAACACCUACUACCGCUUCAACGACACAACGCUCGCCGUGGAGGUAUUCGCCAUCCGCGACGUCAAGCCCGGCGAAGAGCUCACGUACAGCUACGUCGACGGCCUCCAAGAAAUCCCCUACAAGGACCGCCACCGCCUCCUAGGCUCGCAGUUCCACUUUGAGUGCAACUGCAGCAUCUGCGGGGACACGGCGUCGCGGCGCGAGUCCAACCGGCGGCGCGACAACAUCAAGAACGCCAAGGCGGCGCUGAACGAGGUCUCGGACGACGCCGCCCAGGUGGUGGCGCUGUGCAAGAAGCUCCUACGGCUGUACGGGGAGGAGGGCAUGAUUCUCCCGCGGCCGCUGACGGCGGAAAUCGCGGCGUACGCGGCGAACCAGAUGGGCGACGCCAAGGAGGCGCUCCGGUACGCCAAGAUCGCGCGCGACUACUGGUCCAUUAUCGCGGGACCCCACAGCAGCGAGGUGACGAGGCUGGAGGAGCUGAUCCGGGCGCCCAAGGACCACGGGAGUUAUAAGCCCAAGGCGGGCGAGGCGGCGGAGGAGAGCAUGGGUGCGGGCGGCGGCAGCGGGCAGGAGAUGAUGGAGGACGAGGACGAGGAGGCGGUCUUGGACGCGGUGAGGGCGGCGAUGCUCAAGGCGAAGAAGGUGGCCAAGGAGAGCGGGGUGGGCGAGAAGGAGCAGGAGAAGCUUGUGGAGCAGGCUGUGCAGGCGGCGCUCAAGAGGGCGAUGAGCAAGGACGAGCUGUGA